GAUUUUAUGUGAUUUUAGGUGAUUACAAUGCACGAUUUUCAUUGUGUUUUGGUCAAUUAUUUUUUUUUUAUAUAGUGUAUUUGCUGAAAUAUGUAGUCCUUAACGUUUAAAUUUGUUUAUCUUUAAUUUGGUUAGGUUCAUCAUACAUGGCUGGGAAACGCAAAAGGAAAUGGGGAAAUGAACCCGUAAAGAAGGAUGUCACUCCCGAGCCGAACGAUAAUGCGGUUGCUUGGAGAAAUUUCUUCUAAGUUUUGAAUGAUGGAUAGUUGUUUACUCGUGUGAAUGAUGUUUAACAUUUAUUUUAUUAUAUAUUUGAUUGAAAUUAUGUCCAUAUGUAGCAAUGCGAACUACAAAGCCCUUCGAGUAGCUGAGAAGGGAUUAACUGAGAAAGAGGUUUGAUGUCACUCAAUUUUUUUAUGUCAAUUGUCCGUAAUUCAUCGUAAUUGUUUGACAUACUUUAAGAUUCUUUCCAUGUACUCUGUAGUUGAUGUAAGUUUGCCUCAUAUUACAGGAUACCGACAAAUUGAAAGUGCAAUAUAAAGGUUUCACCAACGAGGAGAAGUCUGAGUGGAGAAGCUAUGACCCUAACCCUACUCCCGCUAAGAAGGCAGUGCCAACAAGGGGGAGGAAACCAAAGGCAGCUGAUGGCAAGGGGAAGAAAGUGCAGGUGGAUGAGGAAGAGGUUGCUCCUGAAAGUGAAGAAGCAUCUGUGUACGGUCGAUGCUCCUUCAACCGUUUAAUUAGGAUUUGCAAGAACCUGAACCUGGAGCAGAAAGAUGUGAUCCAAAAUGCUGGAUUUGGAUCAUUCAUCAGAGAGGAUGCACCAUACAUUGACACCCGACUAGUGAGUUGGUUAAUCAAACAUGUUGAACCAACUAGUAGCAUACUGGAUUUGUAUGGGAGGAAAAUUCACUUAUCUACCGCGAUGUUCGGAGAUGUUAUGGGGUGGACGACGGAGGGGAUCCUGUAGUCACCGAGGGUGAUUGUGACACUCGAUAUCUGUAGGAGAUAUUGAACGUUGUCGAGUACACCGUGUCGUUGACAGGGUUGGAGAAAUCUUUGUUGGAGUGCGUUGAGGCAGACAGCCUAUUUCUGAUUAAAUUUUCUUUGGUGGUCAUAGGUACAGUCCUUGCACCAAAAACGGGCUGCGAUAUCACUUCGGGGUACUUGCACUCCCUUAAGGUUACCAGGGACAUUCGCCACAAGAACUGGGCAACUGCCGAGUUCAGGUAUCUGAUGAACUCAAUUUUCAGAUUCCGAAAUAAGGCCACGAAGAAUGUGUCUGGCUGCACCUUAUUCCUCCAGUUGGUGUACUUGACUCACGUGGAGUGGAACUUUGGAUAUGUCGACCGAACAGUGCUCCCCGUUGAUUUUCGGGAUAGUAAACAAUGUAAGUCCGCUUACAAAUUUGUGAAAGACAAUGGGGGUCCCAACAACGACAAGGUACAUCGAAUUUUGGUUAUAAUGUGGUAAUGUGAUUUCAGUUGAUAUUAAUUAUUUUGGGUUUGAAAAAUUAAAUUUGUUUAAUUUGUUAUGUUUAACAGAUAACGCUCACUUCGAAUCCCGUAAUACUGCCCAACUACUACUCCGACUCGGAAGGAAGAAAGAGCAGUGACCACUUUGUCAGCUCUAUGAACGAGUUGAAGGAGUACUUCUCCAAUGAGUUAAAGUCUCAGUUGAGAUCAUUUUCUUUGAAAUUUAUGGACAAAGGAGAAGGUGUAGGUGGUAUUGACCGAGAGUUGGAGGAGGAUGCUGCUGCGGAAGUGUGGAAGAAGGCAGAGUGCAGCCAGGCCGUGGAGGAGUCCCCGUUGAAGUCCCCUGUCCGUUCGAAGACUAAUGUUGUUGGUCUAUCCGAGGAAAAUGUGGUGGAAUCUGUAAGUACGCCUUCACUAUCUGCUACAAAAUCUGUUGAAGAUGAAGGUGCUGCACAUAAGACCUUCGACGAUGAGGACUUUGAUAUAGUCGAAGUGGCGUCUUUCUGGAAUAAAGGCAAAGCCCUCGUCAAAUCAAAGAAGACACAUUCGGAGAAUGUGCCUUUAAUUGAGGAUGACUUCAACGAUAAGGCCUACGAGCAAUUUAUUGAGUCGGGCAGAACUGUUGUCGGGCCUUUCAAGACGAAGGAAGCGAUCCCCCGUAACCAAUAUGGGUUUUACAAGUUUGUUUUUAGCAACACAUUAGAUCCGGGUUUGAAGUGGAUAGGAGGUGCAUGGCAUCGUUGCGACCCUUGCAAGAAGUUGAGGGAUUCGUAAGUGUCAAAGUAGUUACUAAAUAUGUAUCAUUUAUUGUACAUGUGUAAAUCAUAUUUCAUUUUGUUGCAGAUCAUUGACUGUUUUUCUAUACUAAUGAACAAGUACGAACGUGAUAGUCGAUUAGCUGACCAACCUCGUGUUUGGUACAUGCCCACUCGCAUCUCGAGGAUUGCGAAAGACCGGGAAUGGUCAAAACUGUUUUACGAAGACAACUUCUAAAAAUGCGUCAAGAUGUUUGUGCCGGUGUUGACUCUAGAAGGUGCACCACAUUGGUUUGAUGCCGAAGUUAAUAUGAAGUCCAAGGUUGUCUCAUUUCUGGACUCCCUACACACCGCAAUGGAUGAGAAGUAUCGUGUGGACGCUACGAAAGAAAUGGUAAAGUUGCAAAGUUUCAUUGUUUGAUGUGAACUCAUUCUUCAUUGAAUCUAACUAAUUGUAUAUGUUUGCAGUUGUCGACGUUGGACCUUUUGUUUGAGGAGAAUAG